CUACCACGUCACGCAGUCAGUUGUCACAUCGUAUCGCGAUAUUUUUGUGGCUCUUUUGGGUGUGUGCUUUCUUCAUGUGUGUUGUGCUACUUAUGUGGAUUAUUAGGUGAUACUAUUCUUUUUACUGGAUUGAUAUCCUAAGCCGCAAAGAUGCCGAAAUCGAUGAACGUCCGGGUGACGACGAUGGACGCGGAGCUGGAGUUCGCGAUCCAGCAGACCACCACGGGCAAGCAGUUGUUCGACCAGGUGGUGAAGACCAUCGGCCUGCGCGAGGUCUGGUUCUUCGGCCUGCAGUACACCGACUCGAAGGGUGACCUCACCUGGAUUAAGCUCUACAAAAAGGUGAUGCAACAAGACGUCAAGAAGGAGAAUCCACUUCAGUUCAAGUUCCGCGCUAAAUUCUACCCCGAAGACGUGGCCGACGAAAUCAUCCAGGAGAUCACGCUCAAACUCUUCUACUUGCAAGUGAAGAAUGGCAUACUGUCUGACGAGAUCUACUGCCCGCCAGAGACGUCAGUGCUGCUCGCGUCGUACGCGGUCCAGGCGCGCCAUGGAGACCACAACCCGGCCGUGCACGCGCCCGGCUUCCUCACCAACGACCGUCUGCUGCCGCAGCGAGUCACUGAUCAGCACAAGAUGUCCCGCGAGGAGUGGGAGCAGAGCAUCACGAACUGGUGGCAGGAGCACCGCGGGAUGCUGCGCGAGGACGCCAUGAUGGAGUACCUGAAGAUCGCGCAGGACCUGGAGAUGUACGGCGUCAACUACUUUGAGAUCCGCAACAAGAAGAACACGGAGCUGUGGCUCGGUGUCGAUGCGCUGGGACUCAACAUAUAUGAGAAAGAUGACAAACUGACGCCGAAGAUCGGCUUCCCGUGGUCGGAGAUCCGCAACAUCUCGUUCAACGACCGCAAGUUCAUCAUCAAGCCGAUCGACAAGAAGGCGCCGGACUUCGUGUUCUUCGCGCCGCGCGUGCGCGUCAACAAGCGCAUCCUCGCGCUGUGCAUGGGCAACCACGAGCUGUACAUGCGCCGCCGCAAGCCCGACACCAUCGACGUGCAGCAGAUGAAGGCGCAGGCGCGCGAGGAGAAGCUCGCCAAGCAGGCGCAGAGAGAGAAGCUGCAGCUAGAGAUCGCGGCUCGCGAGCGCGCGGAGAAGAAACAACAGGAGUAUGAGGACCGGCUGAGGCAGAUGCAGGAGGAGAUGGAACGCUCACAGGCGAAUCUGCUGGAAGCCCAGGAGAUGAUCCGACGGCUGGAGGAGCAGCUGCGCCAGCUGCAGGCCGCCAAGGAAGAGCUGGAGCAGCGCCAGAACGAGCUGCAGGCCAUGAUGCAGCGCCUCGAGGAGACCAAGAACAUGGAAGCGGCCGAGCGCCAGAAGCUCGAGGACGAGAUCGCCGCCAAGCAGGAGGAGGUGUCGCGCAUACAGCAGGAGGUCGAGGUCAAGGACUCGGAGACCAGGCGCCUGCAGGAGGAGGUCGAAGAGGCGCGCAGGAAGCAGGACGAGGCGGCGGCGCUGCUGGCGGCGGCCACCACGCCCACGCACCACCACCUGCACGAGGGCGGCGCGGGCGCGGACGGCGACGCGGCGGAGGGCAGCGGCUCGGAGGGCGGCUCGGAGGCGGGCGGCGGCGAGCUGGCGCGCGGGCCCGACGACCUGGUGGACCCGCUGGAGGAGCGGCGCACGCUCGCCGAGCGCUCCGAGCGCUUGCACAACCAGCUCAAGGCGCUGAAGCAAGACCUGGCGCAGUCGCGCGACGAGACGAAGGAGACGGCGAUGGACAAGAUCCACCGCGAGAACGUGCGCCAGGGCCGCGACAAGUACAAGACGCUGCGCGAGAUCCGCAAGGGCAACACCAAGCGCCGCGUCGACCAGUUCGAGAACAUGUAGAUAUCAGGUAAUACUGCGACCGCGCACAUGCGACUACACCGCCGGGGACGAGGCUGGCGCGCCCGGCCUCGUGGGCGCGUGCUCCAGACGAUCCAUCACACCGACGCCGACCGACGCCAACGAUACGCAGUGUCACAACGGUGGGACUCCGCGUUUGACUAACAUUUUUUUCUUAUAUGUGUAUCCUUCAUUUAAAAAACAAAGAAUAAUAUUUUUUAUGUUUCUUUGCUGCGUAUAUUAUAGAGUGCAGCGAAGGAUUCUAAAAUCCGAAGGUAGUAGUUCAAAAAAGAAUCCCCAGCGUAGCAAAGGAUUCAAAUUUGCUGAAGGCAACUAAAAGUGUGGAGAUGAAUUAUGUCUCUAUGUAAUAAAAAAUUUUUGUCAAAAGUAGACUUUUGCAUUUUCAUUUCAAGAUACAAAGAAAGUCUUUCCGAGCUAGUGAGAUGAAAAGACAGUUAUUACGCAAUCAAAAAUUUGUAGUAUUUCAUAUGAAUGUAUGUAACUUUGCUGUGAAAAAAUUUUUAGUCAACCGCGGGAAUUGGAUGUAAAUAAGUAUUAUAGUAUUUUUUUGUCAACAUUUCGUCAUUGUUUGGCUUGGAUAACGGCUAAUGUAAACUUACUAUACAAAACAUGCUUUCAUUUAAUUUUUUAUUGUUUUGCUGCUCCUCUUAAUUUUUAAGUUAUACAGAAUGUUUAUGGUAACCAUUAUAUUAUCUCAAUAUAUUUAAUCGACUCAAUAAUGUUAAACAUUUUUAUACCAUCAUAAUCUCGUGGACCAUACCUUGGCCGUUAUUCGCAAUGUCAAACUUAAGACACUUUAUACUCGUACGUAUUUGUAAGUAUAAAAUUGGUAUUGAUAAUGUAUUCUUGUAUUGGCAUUAUAAAUGAUAUAUUUUUUAUAUAUUGUAUCAAGUAAAUGUGGCAUAGCUUCAUAUUUGUAAAAAAAUCAAACAUUCUUAAAACUUCAGAGUAGUUUUGCACUUUUAUAAAACUUCAACAAUUUGGCAUACUUGUAUUGCCAUUCCAUUAAAUAUUCUAAUCAAAGUGGCCUAAGUAAUAUAAUGUUUUUUUCUAGUUAUUCGAUGUAUCGCUGAAGAACUAUUUUACCUAGAAAGUAUCAAUAAAGAUAGUGCAAUAGGGAUGAUGACAGUUUUUUAAAUUGUAUAUAAAUUAAGAGUAUACUAAUAGUAAAGCAAUUUUGUAAAAGGAACAGGGUAUCUGCGAUCAUUACUUUCGGAGAUACAGGGAUUUAAAGGGUCAGAUUUGCGGCGCUGCCGCGGAUCCCUGAAAAACGCCCUAUACAAAAUGGCUCGAAAAAAUGACGUCAUAGGCAAUGUAAUGAUCGUUAGAUUUGUAUGCGCGUUCAAACAAAAUUACUAAUAUCUUUGUUAUUUGUGCGUUUAUCUUUAUAGUUCAUAUAUUAAAAAAUGUCACAUUUAAUGUAAGGAAGCUAAAACUGUAUAAAUUUUCAUCUAAUUACGAUAAAAAAAAAUUUAAUAGUUUUUGAAAUUUUAUAAUCUCAUUUAUUUUGCAAAUAUCCAGACAAUCUUUGCUUUUUAUGUAUAAAUUAGUUAAUAUUGACCCUAUUUACCCGAAUGUAUCAUAAAAAUCAAUAUAUUCAAACCUAGUCAUCAUCCCCAUUACUUUUGUAAUAAUUGAAGUAGCGAAUGUUUUGUUUUUUAUAUAAAUAUGUGGGUUUUUAUAUAAAUGUCGUCUCUCGAAUGUAGCACGGGGCCUCUGAGGUCGUCGACGGUAUAUUGAAUCGAUUUCUGUACAAUUACAGUCUUUAACGGUAAAGGCAAUAAUUGUAGACGAUUUCACAGGGCCUAACCUCGCCCACUGUGUCAGUAGUGAUCUAAAACAAAUAAAUAUCAUUUAAAGAAUAAAAAAAAGAGUCAGAUUCUGAUCUUAAAACUGUAACAAGUAAUUUGUGACAUAUCAAUAUAAAAUUUUUCAUUGAGAAUUUCUUCAUCAAUAGUACUUUUUGAGUCAAAUCGAAUUGUAUUUGACUAAUAAUAAUAAUUUAAUGAAUACUAGAAUGUUUUGCGUUAGGUCACUAUAACUGAAGGGUGCGUACAUAGAUUAGUGCCAAAUAAAGCGAUCACAAAAUAUUUUCUUGGUUUGUCUGAAACCGCGAAUAAAUUGCAAAAGUUAAAAACCGAGAGUUAGGCCGCUGUGUCAGUGGGGUGAUAGUGUAGCGAUAGUUAUCGAUGUUCUUAUAUUUUCUCGUACACCGUCCAGCCGAUAUCGAUACUCUGUGUCCAUCCAAUUUGUAUGAUAAAUAAUAGUUUUAUAUUAUUAAUAAUAAUUCCCCAUUUUUUUGAACCCAAUUGUGAUUACAUCCUUGGUUAUCAACUUGAUUUAAGAAUUAAUAUUUUUUUUUAUUUAUAUGAUGUGGUAUACUUAUAGUUCAAGGCCUAGAGUAUUUUUAGAGUAUGUUCUAUAUAUACUCAGAGGCACAAUUAUCCGCCCACUUUAAUAUACUCGCGUCAUAUUAAAGUGGGCGGAUAAUUAUGCCUCUUGAGUAUAUGAGACUAAAUCGCAACAUUUUUGAAGUCUUGGAAUUGGCACUACUUACUUUAUUUUAAUUAUAAAAUUGAAUUUUAGAUGUUUUGAAAUGUUUGCGUACAAGUUGGACGGACGUAGACUGUGUGUGUUUAUUGUCAACCUUGUUAUCGAAGUAAGAAGGGUCAUAUUAGAACGGUGCUUGCAUUUUACAAAAAGGAUUGAAUCCGUCGGGCGUAGUACUCGGAACUAUAAUUGUAAAUAUUGAUUAUUAUUAUUAUUAUUACUUAAUAGUAAUUUUAUUUUAGUGUAUAAUGUGCUAUAAUUAUCGCAGUUUAGCAAUCGUACAGUUUUUGUAACGGAAGCACUCGUCCAAUUAUAGGCCGGCUUUAUGGUAAACUAUCUCUUUUGUAAAAAAAAUUGAUUACUCCUCACUAGGUUAUUGUUAUUAUUAUGGGAAUACUUAUCUUUAGGAUUUUCUACAUUAUUUUAACACAGCACCAGGAAAUUUGCUUAUAAAUAGUAAAAAAACGAAUUUGGAGGCGGGUUGAAGGUACUUUAAAUUGUUUUAAAUCCAUCACAACGAUGGUAGUCCUGCGCAAAGUGUAGACGUUACCGUACUGUACGCUCGCUAAACUGCGCCAAUAACCGAAUAUAUACAUCGGACCUCUCGGGGUCUGUCAAAAUGUUGAAGGCACACAGAUUCGUUUAAUUAUUAUUAAUUAAUUAAAUAUAAUAUUAUUAAGUAAGUGA